GUUUCGUAUCAACACAAGAGCCGCACUUCCCAUUGGUAGAACGGGUUCUGCGCUGUGAUUUGCCAGCUGCCAGCGACGUCGCUCUACAGACGACGACCACCGGGGACCUGUGCCGCUGAGGUCACGUGACGGCGGCGGAGCCAAUCAGCAGCGAGGCCGUUUCCAAGGAAGCUUUUAGUUGUUACCAUGUUGGACACUUUGGCAUCCUCGGCUAUGACAAUGGGCCACACCAAGGAACAGAUAUCUGAGAAGAUCCUGAACCACGCUUUAGAAAUUAUCUACCUGCUGACAGGAGAGAAAUACGUCAUUGUAAAGAAAAAGUUUCCACACUGCUGUGUCCACCCAAAAUCUGGAGGGGUACCUGUGAAGUGUGAUGAUGUUGCCGUGUACUUCUCUAUGGAAGAAUGGGACUAUGUCAAAGGGCAUAAGGAAGAUUACCAAGAUGUCAUCAUGGAUACUGAUGUACCCAGCAAUACAGUGGAGAUUACAGAAAAUACUGACCUGGAAUUGCCAGACCUCCAUGCUGGAGAGUUACAGCGUGACUCUUAUGAUGUCCCGGAUGAUAACACAGCUGAUGCCACAAAUGAUGCCACGACUGAGGUCUCGCCUGGUGCCUCAUCUGCUCCAAAACAAGAUGAGGACAAUGAAAAGAGUAAAAAGGACAAAAAGGAGAAGGAUGAAUCUGAAGACAAGGGUAAAAGUGACUCGGAAGACAGUGAAGAGGACACAGCUAGUGCUGAAUCCAUGAAGAUGGAUGUGGCUAGAGACCGAUCCUUUGGAGGCCCUUUCUACCGCGAGGCCAUGCGGUUUGAGAUGACAGAGGAGAUACAGGAAGAUGGCACAGUAAGACCCCUCAGCACUGAAGCCACCUUGUUGGAUAAGCUCCAUCCUGAAAUAUAUCGAUACGACCAGAACAUCUGGAGCAUCAGCCAGAGGUUUAUAUGCGGCACGAACAACAGACCUUACAACCAGCCUUCCAUAAUAACCGACGACGAUGACAGUGACUUGGGACAGUCAGCGAUUCAAGUGCCCAACCUGGCUGAAGAGAAACCUUACCGAUGUGUCGCCUGUGAUCAACUGUUCAAGUAUAAGUCCAGCGUCACAAGACAUUACGCCGUAGUGCAUGGGGUGAAACCUCACCAGUGCAACGAGUGUGGCAAACGGUUCUCCACCAAAUUUAACUCUGUAGUGCACAAGUGCCAUCCGCGCAAAAACAAGAGCCCCUGGGGAAAUGAUCCUUCAGGUUUAAAUAGUUAAAAAAAAAAAGCACCCGAAACUUGGAAAGUGCGUUGCCACCUGCUUGUGCGUAUGCAAGUAGGCCCCGCCUAGGCGGCAGACAGACUGUUUGUGAACGUGUGUCAUGAUAGAACGCUUAAAGGGACUUUAGCCUAAUUUUUAUUUCUUUUCCUCUUUUAUAUUUGCCUAAUGUAGAUAUUUAGGGGAUUAGUGUAGCGGCAUACUCCUUGUUACAAGACUAUUACUACUUCCUUUAAGCAAGCUGGGAAAUCCUAGGACCAGGUAGGAAAUUCCUCCAAGAGAAUGCAGCCGGUGCCUAACUUUUAUUUUUUUGAGCCUUGUUUAUUUACUGUUAUAAGUGAAACUACAUCUCCGGUUCCUUAGCUGAAGCCAUCUCCUGGAUGGGACUGACUUGCUCCUGAAUUAUUAAUUUCCCCUGAGGAUGUAAUUUUAAGUUAAAUUUCAGAGCUGGUUCUAAUGUGUACAGUAGUUCCCUUUCUUCUCACCAUGAUAAUCCUUUUAUGUUCUUCUAUUGAGGUGUGAUUAUCACUUCACAGUACAGUAAAUUGGAAGAUGUGACCAAGGAUCAGGCUGAGCUUUGACACACUUGUGAUUAUAGUCGGGUCCAUAAGUUUUAUUGGUGUUGAAUAGAGCAGAGAGAGGAAGCAAACUCCAUCUCCAAGUUUGCUUAAAAAAAUGUUCACAAUUCAUAAAAAUGUAUAAAGGUAUAAUAUAUAUUUCUAGGUGCUUGAUGCAAGGACGAUUUGAGGUUGGCGUCCAUUUUUUUUUUUUUUUUUUUUUUUUUUUUUUUAAAUGAAGCAGAGAAAACUGAGAACAUAAACAGUGAUUGGGUCAGUCUCCAGUUGUUACAGAGGGACCAGUUGAAAUGUGCUGUGAAAUGAACAGGGAGUAAAAUGAUGGUAAAAGCA